AAAAUCUUUUACCCCAAAUAAAAUGCUUAGUACUUUUAAGGCUCGAGUCGGUACAACGAUCGUCUAGCAGCUCAGACCAAUCAUGUAUGUAGCUUCUUCCUGGCUAAGACAACAAUAAGACGUCUAAAGCGAAGGCAUUCUGUCGAUCUCUGGACAAAAGGAAGUAUUGAUUUCUAGUUAUCUAGUUGUAAACAUUUGUUAAUUUGCUUUCUGUUAUGUAUUUAUGACCAGAUAUCUUAUAAAAAAAUGGGAAAAGAAAAGCGUGAUUUAACCGAUAUUUUUGCGAUAUAUAUAUUGUUUAAAUGAAACACGUAUCGACCCAAUGCAAUCGAUAGUGACAUCGAUGUCUUUCCAGCUCUAGUUGGCAUCUCGAAGUGCUUGCGAUAGUUGGCAUGUUACGUGUGUUUUCGGCUUUCUCGCUUCCUUCUCGUUCUCGUUUCCUUCCUCCUUGAUUCCAAUUCCAAAUGUUGUUGCAUUGAGUGCAUUGUUGCUAUUCUGCGGUGUAACAACAUAAAACAUAAAAAAAAAAUAUCUGAAGCGAAACACCGCGUGCAGCAACAACAUACAAACACAUAUAUAUCUAUACAUUAAGAUAUAUAUAUACAUAUAUAUUCAGCCAUUAUCGCAGAAACAACAACAACAACAUCUCUAACGCGUUGAAAAAACACUUAUUACGGAGUAUACAAUACUUUUUUUUUCGCUUCAUUUGCUGACUGGCUGGUCUCACAAUAGUUCUGUUUAAGCUGACAGCUCCAAAAAAUAGUUGCCUAAACAAAAUUUACGACAAACAACCAAGUAACAUCGGAAAAAUUUAAGAAUAAAACACCGAGAAAACAAACAAAAGAGGCAAAAACGCGUGUGUGCGCGGUCUGUUGCUUAUUUUUUUGUGGUUAACAACAACAACAGCUAGAGUUGGAGUGACAAACAACAACAACAGUUAGCAAUUGGAGCAUCAAAAUGACAUCGAAAAAGCGUAAAACCCUGUUGGACGCUGAUGACGACGAUGAUAAUUUCGAUGAGGAUGAUUCGGGCUCCGAUUUCGAUGAUGACGAAGAUCCAGAUCAAAUAGAAGUGCCCGGUGGUGGUCGUGAUCUGAAUACCGCUGUUACAUACGCCCAAAAUAUACGCAGCGGAGUGGGCGUGGUUACCAAGCCAGCAACGCCCUUACCGAUUAGUGGCGCCAAAAUUGUUAUAAGCAACAACAAUAUCAAGCCAAUAUCGUUGUUGCGCAUCAACAACAACAACAAUAUCAAUAACAAUAUAAUCACCAGCGUUAAAAACAAUAUUAACAACAACAAUAGCAACGGCAACAACAAUACCGCCGUGCGACAGAUAAUAACAACAACAACAGCAGCAGCCGCAGCAGGAGUCAAACCAACAAUAGUGGGCGGCACAUCGGCGACCGUUGGAGGCGUGACGCUGGGCGGAAAGAUCACAACAUUACCGAUAAUAACCAAAAAAGCACUAGAGAAUAAUUUAAAUAAUAUGCCAAAGAAACUGAAUAAUACGAUAACGGCCAUGGGCAGUCCAGCGGCCAGGAGCAGCAGCGGCAAUGCUGGGACGACCGGUGGUUUGUCGUCGUCUUCUGGUGGUGUUGGUGGUGGGGGUGGUGGCGUUGGUGCCGUUGGUUCAACCAGCAGCUAUUUGAACAGCCUGAGCACCAACGAACUGAUGAACCUGGCCGCCUACGUAGCAGCCAAGGGUAGCAGCGCCCCACUUCCACCGCCUCCGUCCACAGCCGCCAAUUCGGUGAGGAGUUCACCACCAGGCGGUAAUCCCAAUCCCGGUGGCAAUUUCUUUGGCGGAGCGGCGGCGUCCACUUCAGCCUCUGCUGCUAAUUUCAAUAUGGCCGCGUCUUUAUUGGCGCAGAUGAACUAUGCGGGUGGAGUUGCCCCCGUUCGGACUUUUAAGGUGGUCGGAGGAAAUGCUGGCGGAGUCCUAGGGAACAAUCAAAAACCACCGAUUGCCACAUCAGCGGGAAGCGGAGGAGGAUCUGCUGGUCCAGCAACUGGUACCGGAGUGAAGGGCAACAAUUCGAUGGUUGAGGCCGUGCAGAAACUGAUCGCCAUGAAUCCGGAAUAUCUGACUAGCGGCAUACCCAACAAUGUUUUUCAGUUGUUCAUGCAAUCGAUGCAACGUCCACAGACAACCCCACCGCCCAUGCAGCCGGUGAAUUCUGGAUCCAUGGUGAACAAUGCCGUUGCAGCAGCAGUGGUGGCAGCGGCGGCGGCUCAAGCCUCAGCGGCUGCCUAUGUGCAGCAGGAGGAGGAUGAGGUCGACUACGAGGAGAUGGGUGUGGCCGAGACCUAUGCCGAUUAUUGGCCAGCCAAGUUGAAACUGGGCAAGAAGCAUCCGGAUGCCGUUGUGGAGACAGCCUCCCUAAGCUCCGUCGAGCCCUGCGAUGUCUACUACAAACUGUCCCUGCCCCACGAAACAAUUAACAGUGGACACCUGAGCGCCCUGCAAUUGGAAUCCAUUACGUACGCCUCCCAGGCGCACGAUCACCUGCUACCGGACGGAAGUCGUGCUGGUUUCCUGAUCGGAGAUGGUGCUGGUGUUGGCAAGGGUCGGACAAUAGCUGGCAUCAUUUACGAGAAUUACUUAAAGGGACGCAAGAAGGCGCUUUGGAUAUCCGUUUCCAAUGAUCUCAAGUACGAUGCCGAGCGGGAUCUCAGCGACAUUGGUGCCACACGGAUCGAUGUACAUGCCCUCAAUAAGUUCAAAUACGCCAAGAUCAGCUCCGAUGUGAACAACAACUGUAAGCGUGGCGUCAUCUUCAGCACGUACUCCGCAUUGAUUGGCGAGUCCAAUAAUAAGACGGGGAAGUACCGAUCUCGAUUCCGCCAGCUGCUGCAAUGGUGUGGUGAGGAUUUCGAGGGCCUGAUCAUCUUCGACGAGUGUCACAAGGCCAAGAAUCUGUGUCCCGUGGGUUCUGGAAAACCAACCAAGACUGGUCAGACUGUUCUGGAGCUUCAGCAGAAGUUGCCCAAGGCACGUGUUGUCUAUGCAUCCGCAACGGGUGCCUCUGAGCCCAAGAAUAUGGCGUACAUGGUGCGUCUGGGUCUCUGGGGACAGGGUACAGCCUUUGGCAACUUCAACGACUUCAUCACCGCCGUGGAGAGACGAGGUGUUGGUGCCAUGGAGAUCGUGGCUAUGGAUAUGAAACUGCGCGGCAUGUAUAUAGCUCGUCAGCUAAGUUUCAAAGGAGUCAGUUUCAAGAUCGAGGAAGUGCCGCUCUCCAAGGAGUUUCGCAAGAUCUACGAUCAGUCGGUUGAGCUCUGGGUGGAGGCCAUGCAGAAGUUCACCGAGGCGGCCGAACUUAUCGAUGCCGAAAGCCGCAUGAAGAAGACAAUGUGGGGCCAGUUCUGGUCAUCCCAUCAGCGUUUCUUCAAAUAUCUUUGUAUCGCCGCCAAGGUUAACCAUGCUGUGCUAGUCGCCCGCGAGUCCAUAAAGUACGGCAAAUGUGUUGUGAUCGGUCUGCAGUCCACCGGCGAAGCUCGUACAUUGGAUCAAUUAGAGCGAGAUGAUGGCGAGCUCACAGACUUUGUUUCUACGGCUAAAGGUGUCUUCCAGUCGUUCGUGGAACGUCAUUUCCCUGCACCCGAUCGUAAUCGCAUCAACCGCAUUCUCGGACUCUACGAUGAGACACCCUCCAUUGCCGAUUCCACCUCCAGCUUGGGUAACAAUAGCAAUAGCACCACAGCGACUGCUAAACGGAAGGGAAGUAAUAACAAUGAUAACGGGUCCGCCACGGGUGGCAAGUCCAAAAAGAAGAAGCGCAGUGGAUCCUGGCAGUAUAGCGAUAGUGAUGAUGAGGAUGCGGGUAGAAAACGCAAUCAGAAGCGGGAUGCAGGCAACUCUAACAGUGACAGCGACGAUGGCAAUAGUGACGAUGACUUUAGAAGUGAUAUGGAUGAUGAGGAUGAGGACGAUGAAGAUCAUGAUGUCGACAGCGAUCGUCGUAGCGUGGCUAGCGAUGCCAGCUCCGAUUUCAAUCCCUUCUUUAGUGGCAGCGAUAGUGAUAUCGAUCCCUGGGUCAAUGCGCGAAGCAAGAAGUCCACCAAGAAGACCCAAAAGAAAACCAAGAAAAAGGUAAAGAAAGAUAAGUCCAAAAAGGAGGCCACCUCGUCCAGUUCAGCUACCACCGAUCCCAGUGGCAGUGCAAUGUCUGCCACCGUUGUAGCCGCUCUGAAUGCGGCCAAGAAUCGCAAAUCGCAGCUCUCUACGCAGGACAAGAUCCAGGAUCUGUUGCAAAAGAAGCAAGAACUCAAGGGCACUGUCACGCCGGUUGGCGUUAAUGGUGUCAAGCUAAACUAUGGUCCACCGCCCAAAGAUGCAAUCGAACGAGCCUGCACAAUGAAGGAGGAACUUCUCCGCAAGAUAGAGCGUCUUGGUUCCAAGCUGCCGCCAAACACCUUGGAUCAACUGAUCGACGAACUUGGUGGUCCCGAUAACGUGGCCGAGAUGACGGGUCGUAGAGGUCGUGUAGUUCAAACAGAUGAUGGUAAUAUACAAUAUGAGUCCAGAACCGAAUCAGAUGUCCCCCUGGAAACGCUGAAUAUUACGGAAAAGCAGCGCUUUAUGGAUGGCCAAAAGGAUGUGGCCAUCAUUUCAGAGGCGGCGUCCAGCGGUAUUUCCCUGCAGAGUGAUCGUCGAGUCUUCAAUCAGCGCAGGCGUGUCCACAUCACAUUGGAAUUGCCCUGGUCCGCCGACAGAGCCAUCCAGCAGUUUGGACGUACCCAUCGAUCCAAUCAGGUUAAUGCACCCGAGUACAUCUUUCUGAUUUCGGACUUGGCUGGUGAAAGACGUUUCGCCUCCACCGUGGCCAAGCGUCUGGAGUCGCUAGGAGCGCUUACCCAUGGUGAUCGCAGAGCCACAGAGACGCGUGAUCUCUCCCAGUUUAAUAUCGACAACAAAUACGGUCGUCAGGCUCUGGAAACGGUGAUGCGUACCAUUAUGGGCUACGAAUCGCCGCUGGUACCACCGCCCACGGAUUACAGUGGCGAGUUCUUCAAGGACAUCGCUGGAGCCUUGGUCGGUGUGGGCAUAAUCGUGAAUAGUGAAAGCCAUCCGGGUGUGCUAAGUCUGGACAAGGACUACAACAACAUAUCAAAGUUUCUCAAUCGCAUUCUUGGUUGUCCGGUGGAUCUACAGAAUCGUUUAUUCAAGUACUUUACGGACACCAUGACGGCAAUCAUCCAGCAGGCCAAGCGCGGCGGGCGCUUUGAUCUGGGCAUUGUGGAUCUUGGAGCUGCCGGUGAGAAUGUGACCCGUUGUCGGCUUAUCCGUUUCGUGCGCAAACAUGCCACCGGAGUGGCACCUACAGAGAUGCACACUGUUCGAGUGGAGCGUGGCAUGAUUUGGCAGGAGGCCAUUGAUAAAUAUGCCGACCUGUUUAACGAGAACGAAGGCUUCUAUUUGUCCCACCAGCUGCGAAACCAGAAGCGUACCGCCAUCAUGGUGGUUAUUCUGGAGCACCAGCCACCACGCAGCUCAAGCAGCGCCGAUGCGGAAAACGGCGGCAAGAAAAAGAAGUCGCGCAGCAAGAAGGAGAUCAUGUGCCAGAUCUAUCGACCAAAUACCGGUCUCCAGGUUCGUCACGAAUCACUUUUCGAGCUGGAGAAGAAGUAUCGCAAGGUGGCCAGCGAUGAGGCGGAGCCGCAUUGGACGGAGCAGUACGAUGCGUCGGUGAACACCUGUUCGCACGCCUACUGGAACGGCAACUGUAGAAAUGUCAGCCUGGGCAACGAUUGUGAGGUGGGCUUGCGACAGCGCUUAUACCAUGUACUGGCUGGAUCCGUGCUUUCCGUUUGGGGACGCGUGGAGCACAUACUGAAUACACGUUCCAAUAGCAAGAUGCAAGUGAUACGCAUGAAGACAACCGAGGGUGAGAAGAUUGUAGGCACUUUGAUACCCAAGUCCUGUUUUGAGCCGUUGGUGGCCGAUCUGCGGAGCGAUUCGGAGAAGCAGGAGGAGUUUAACUACUAAGUGUGGUCGGGCACUGGGAGAGUGCCGGUUGUGUGAUUUUGUUAUGGCUUCACUUUCGAGACCACUAUCCCCCCAAAUCUUCCAAACCGAGGCCAAGCAAUAUAUAAAUCCACAGCGGAGUAGUUAGGGAUGUGCAGCAGGAUAGGCUUUAACCUAAUAUAUAUAGAUAUAUAUAUAUACAUUUAAAUACCACUAUAAUUAUAUAUUAAAACAUAGCGUAUGUUUAAAACGACAGGAAUUAAGGCUAUACCGGACAGCUGAAAACGCUUGAGAAACUCUUUUUUUUUUUGUUUUAAUUUUAAAUAGACUUAACCAUGUACAACCUAAACGCACGUACAUACCACCACCACCCCAUCCAUGAUAGAUAUCAGACUUUGGCUCGUCAUAGCUCAUAAAAAUAAAAAACAAUCGCAUACAGACACCCGCAGAAACGGAAAUAUGAUACGAUGAUAUAUAGAGAACGAAAUGAAAACGCUUAUAAAUGGACUUUUCUCAAUGAUUUAAAGAUUAAUUUUAAAUUACAGCUUAAGUUUAACGCCUACGUUUACACACAAUAAACCGCCAGCUUAUGUACACUAUUUAUUAUAAUUAUUAUUAUCAUUACACUAUAUAUAUAAAUACGUUUUUUAAUUGUUUUUAAUGUAACAUUUUUAAGGUCUUUUCGAUGGCUGCAGCGCAGCGCAGCAAAGCGAAACCCCCAACUAAGGCAUUUUUUUUUUUUAAAUCAAGCAAAAAUGUAAUUAGGUAUUUAGUUGUAAUGACUAAUCUUAAGUUAAACCAACAGACAUUGAGAGGCAUCUGAAGCUAAGAUAAGAGGAAACUCAUGUGGAUUGUGCACACAUACGUACAAUUAAUAAAUAUAAAUGUGCGGAUUAAAUGAAAA